UAGAAUGAAUCGACAUGGAAAGUUAGUUUUGGAUAAGCCUUGAUUAUCAUAAAGUAAAUGGAAAGAGAUAUUGCACAAGAAAGCAAUUUAUUUUGUUUCUCGGGAUAUAUGAAUUAUUGAAUUAGGAUUCUGGUGAGAGAAGAGGUUCUUUGUAGCAAGUAGCAACUAUUGGCUUCGUAUAUGUAUGUCUAAAGAUAUUUUCAGACUCUGUGAGGGCUCUCCGUUUAUGCAAUCCUUUUUUGGUGGUGGUGCGUAAUACUAUGAGAGUUCAUAAGCUUCCGAAUAGUGGUUUUUUGUAUAGCUUCUUAGACUCAUCAUAUUUAUCUCUUGCGCAACAUAUUUGAUGUGUAUACUUUGAAAGGAGGUGGCAAACUAGCAAGUCUCGCUGCUAUUAAUUCAUAAUCCGGCUUACAAGGAUCUGUAAAUUUUCAUAAGAUCAAUUAUAGUACACCAGUUCUUCUUUACUACUGUGAUGUAGUUCUCUCUGACAAUAAUAGUAUACAAUACACAAUUCAAGGGGAAGAGAGAGAGAGAGAGAAAGAGUCAAGGGGAGGCUAGUGAAAAGAGGGAGUUCGUUCCUAAAUUUAACAAGUUAAAAAAACAAUGGCACUCGCCAGAAACUCUGAUUCUGAGGAGCAUUUGCAUUCCACUUUCGCUUCCAGAUAUGUCCGUGCUGUUAUUCCCAGGUUCAAGAUGCCUGACAAUUCCAUGCCCAAAGACGCUGCUUAUCAAGUGAUCAGUGAUGAGUUGAUGCUUGAUGGCAACCCCAGGCUUAACCUAGCUUCCUUCGUCACCACUUGGAUGGAACCUGAGUGUGACAAACUCAUCAUGGAAUCUGUUAACAAGAAUUAUGUUGACAUGGAUGAAUAUCCUGUCACUACCGAGCUCCAGAACCGGUGUGUAAAUAUGAUAGCCAACUUGUUCCACGCUCCCGUUGGAGAAGACGAGGCUGCUAUUGGAUGUGGAACCGUUGGUUCAUCUGAGGCUAUAAUGCUUGCCGGUUUAGCUUUCAAAAGGAAAUGGCAACAAAGGAGAAGAGCUCAAGGUUUACCUACUGAUAAUCCUAACAUUGUAACUGGUGCCAAUGUUCAGGUGUGCUGGGAGAAAUUUGCAAGGUACUUUGAGGUAGAGCUCAAAGAGGUGAAGCUAAGUGAAGGAUAUUACGUGAUGGACCCAGCUAAAGCUGUAGAGAUGGUUGAUGAGAAUACAAUCUGCGUUGCAGCUAUUCUUGGAUCCACACUUACCGGAGAGUUUGAGGAUGUGAAGACACUAAACGAUCUCUUAGCUGAGAAAAACGCAGAGACUGGUUGGGAUGUUGCUAUUCACGUUGAUGCAGCCAGUGGAGGAUUCAUUGCUCCUUUCCUCUACCCUGAUCUCGAAUGGGACUUUAGGCUUCCAUGGGUGAAGAGCAUCAAUGUCAGUGGUCAUAAGUAUGGACUUGUCUAUGCAGGAGUUGGUUGGAUUGUCUGGAGAACCAAAGAUGAUUUGCCUGAGGACCUUGUCUUUCACAUUAACUACUUAGGAGCCGAUCAACCCACUUUCACUCUUAAUUUCUCUAAAGGGUCGAGCCAAAUCAUUGCUCAGUACUAUCAGUUUAUCCGCCUAGGCUUUGAGGGAUACAAGAACAUAAUGGAAAACUGCAUGGACAAUGCAAGGAGGCUAAGAGAAGGAAUAGAGAUGACAGGAAAGUUCAACAUUGUGUCUAAAGAUAUUGGUGUGCCGCUAGUGGCAUUCUCUCUCAAAGACAGUAGCAAACACACCGUGUUUGAGAUAGCAGAGUCUCUGAGGAAGUUCGGAUGGAUAAUACCGGCUUACACUAUGCCUGCAGAUGCACAACACAUUGCUGUGCUGAGAGUUGUGAUCAGGGAAGACUUUAGCCGAGGCCUUGCAGACAGACUCAUCACACAUAUCUUACAGGUACUGAAAGAGAUAGAAGGGCUUCCUAGCCGGAUUGCGCAUAUAGCAGCUGCUGCAAAGGUUAGUGGUGGUGAAGAGAAGACUGCUAAGAUGUCGUUGGAGGAUAUCGCUAAGUAUUGGAAACGUCUUGUGGAAAACAAAAGAAAUAUUGUCUGUUAGGACCUAAGGGAAGAUAAGUCUUCAUGCUUCUUCUUUGAACCAAUAACGUGUUUGGUAAUAAGGUUUUCAGUUUAUAACUUGAACUUCCUUUUUGUUUUUUUCCUUCCUGGCAUUUUCUUUAUUUGAUGGUAAUCUCUUAUACAAUAAAGCUGACUUUUUUUUUCCAUAGGGGAAAAAAGACAUGUGGCACUCUAACUUUGAGUUUUGUUGAUUUCAUUUCGGGAGUGAUCUGAAUGGGCUAUAACAAAUGUUUUAUCGUUUGCUUAUGUUCACGGGCCUUACUGAGUCGUAUCAACUCUGUUUGGACUCAACAAAGAAACAAAAGCUUGAAUUUUAGCUGCAUUCACCUUCGAGUAUAUUGAAAGUGAAGAACGUAGAGAGCUUGACGCCAUUGCAACUCUCUUUACUCUUCUUUGUGAGGGAGAGAGAGAUUAAUAAGAAACGGGGAAGAACAAAUGCAUCGUUCAAUUUUUUGAUGUUGUCUUCACAGGAUGUUGGAAAAUCUGCACUGGAGAGCUAUCAAGAGUACUUUAAUUUCUGGCUUUAACAUAUUUGCUUGGAUUGAUCAUCUUCCCUACUUACACAAAAACAUGAAAGGUAGUGAAUAAGUUUUUAUAUGAUUUCGACUUAACUUCUAUGUUUCUUCUUGGCCUUAAUUCUCAUCACCACCUGUAUUUAGAUCAGUGUUAAUGUUACGUUUUUGGUAUGCCAUGGGAGUUUCUGUGGUUGAGCCCAGCAACAGCAGAUCCCAAGGGUUGAAUAAGUGUGAGUGCAGUUGGCGGCAAGAUGAGAUGAAGAGACAUGUAGGUCUAACAUCAUGUGAGGUAGAGAAAAUUAAAACUCUGAUGAAAGGCAAGAACUGAGAGUAAUCUUGGGACAGCUAAUUUUUUUUUAGAAGUUUCAAAAUAGAGAUCAAAGCGUUGAGAGAAAAAAAACUGUUAGAGACUAACAUGGAAACAGAGAAAACGAUGAAGGAAGAUCUUCAUACAAAGCUGAACAUACGAAGUCGUCUUGAGAAUAAUAAUUGAGUUAGUCAUAAUUGUGGUACCAAUCACAGUGCCUUGAUUGUAUGUGAACAAGUGAAAGCGAACGCUGAGAAGAUGGAGAUGGUUCCAAGGAAGAAGAAUUUAAGGUUCUUGAAGAAGUUUUUUAUGAUGACAAAAGUGAGCAGCAAGAAAUGUGUAGCCUUCACUAUGUAGUGAAUAAAAACAAAGAUAUAAUAUAUUCAGAGGGCUUACGUUUUUUUUUUUGAUAACUGUAAAUUUUAAGUUGGUUACAUGAGCAAAAAAAAGGAGAGUAAGGUUGUACACCCCUUGUUGCAGCAAAUUUUAGCUAAGGACCUAUGGUCAGCUAUACUUGAACCACAAGGAGAGUAAGGUUGUACACCGCUUGUUGCGCCGUCUUGCUAGGAGAAUAUCUUUCGUGACCCUAUCAAUCUUGUUGAAGAUAGCUAGGGGCAUUGUUAGAGAUCUUUCAUGUUUCCUAUCAAGUCUUUUUCUCCAUAUGUGAUAAAUUGUAGCUUGACAGACAAUUAAACUGAGAAGCGUUCUCCUUGGCGACCAUCUCUGCUGGAGAAGCCACCCAAUCAUCGCUUGCCAAAAAUUUAUAAACGAUAUAACCCAACGAAACUUGCGUUUUCGAAGCGCGGAUAAUCUAAUAGUCUCUCUGUUUCAAAAUAUUUGAUGUUUUUGAAGAUUUGUAUUGUUUCAAAAUAAAAAAUGUUUUAACAUAACUAUGCAACUUUAAUUUUAUUAGAAAAUGUUUAACCAGUUAUAUUUUAUAGUUUUGUAAUGAUUGGUUGAAUUGUUUUUAAUUUAUAUUUUUAAUAGUUUUUAAGUUAAAAAGGUAAAUUUUCUUAAUCUUUGUGUUUUCAUCCAUGACAUCAAUGUUUUUAAACCCGAUCCGGACACUGAACCGGACGACUUACAGGGCCGCUAGGUCACUGGAUCGACCGCGGAUUAAUAAAUGAAUUAAUUUGAUUAUAUAAUAAUA